AAAACCCUCACAACCCAACCCAUAUUCUUCAAUAUCUUCGUCAAGCCUUUCUACUUGUUUCCUUCCUUAAAAAUAUAACGUCGUUCACAAAACUCAAACUCUUCCUCUUCGCUCUCCUCCUCGCCUCCAUUGCACAAAAUGCAAUCUCCAUACGCGAUCUCCACCCCCAAAAAUUUUCUCCAUUUCAUUUUCCUAAACAUCUCCAAGGUUCCAGAAAGGGCGACACCAUAGAAGGAAUCCACAGCGUGAAGCUUUACCUUCAACAUUUCGGCUAUUUGAUCAAUGUUUCAAUCCAUGCUCACAACACAUUCGACGACCCUUUGGAAUCUGCACUCAAAAUGUACCAAAAAAACUACCACCUCAAUGCCAUCGGCGUUCUUGAUGCCGAGACGUUAACGCUAUUGUCCACGCCUCGAUGUGGGCAUCCUGACAUAGUACACCUAGAUUAUGCCAUCGUCCCCGGAAGACCCAAAUGGCUACCCACCAAAUACCACCUCACCUACGCAUUCAUCCACAACUUCCCUCCAAACUUUGAGGCGCCAGUGCGGUGCUCUUUAAAUGCGUGGUCGGGCGUCAGCAAGUUUACAUUCUCGGAGACGACCGAAGCGGCGGCCGACGUGAAAAUAAGCUUCGAGAGAGGGGACCAUGGCGAUGGGUAUCCUUUCUACAACCCAAACAUUUUGGCGCAUGCUUUCUACCCGACGGACGGGAGACUUCACUUAAAUGUGGAUCAAAAUUGGGUGUGGGGAUCUGUGGCUUUUGCAUCGGAUGUGCAGACGGUGUCGCUGCAUGAACUUGGACAUACUCUUGGCCUUGCCCACAGUCUUGAUGAAGGAGCUGUAAUGUAUGCCUACAUUCCUCAAGGAGUCGUGAAAAGCUUGACUCCGGAUGAUAUUGCAGGGAUAACUGAUUUAUAUGGUAGUUAG